UCAUUCUCAAUUUUGCACAUUAAAACCCAAGUCCAAAAUCCUCAAGCCAAUGGCACUCGUGGACUUGCAACUCUCAAACUCAUUACUCUUUUGCCUUGUUCCUUUUCUCUUCAUUCUCUUCAUCAAAUUCAGAAAAACAACAACUAAUAUCCUUUUGUCUAGUAAAAUACCAAAAUCAUAUCCUAUCAUUGGUUCCUAUUUAUCCAUCAUAGCGAACCAGGAACAAUUAAUUCAAUGGAUAUCCGAUAUUAUCCUAAGCACCCCUAAACUUACUUUCACUCUCAUUCGCCCCCUCAAUUUCCACACAAUUCUCACAGCCAAUCCAUCCAAUGUCAAACACAUGCUCAAAACAAAUUUCCAUGUUUACCAAAAAGGCCAAACAUCCAACUCCGCCCUCGCAGAUCUUCUCAGAAACGGCAUUUUCAACGUUAAUGGCGAUACAUGGAAGUACCAAAGACAAGUUGCUAGUCAUGAAUUUAACACCAGGUCCUUACGAAAAUUCGUUGAAACGGUCGUUGAUACAGAACUCUCCGAACGUUUAAUUCCAAUUCUUGCCAAUGCUGCUGCUGAAAAAAAAGUUCUUGAUUUCCAAGACAUUUUACAAAGGUUUGCUUUUGACAACAUAUGUAAAAUUGCAUUUGGAUAUGACCCAGGGUACUUGUUACCGACCCUGCCCGAGGCAGAAUUUGCGGUUGCAUUUGAAGAUUCUGUUCGCCUAAGCAGCCAAAGAUUCAUUCUUCCCUCCCCACUUAUUUGGAAAAUCAAACGCGCCCUUAAUAUUGGUUCGGAGAAGAAAUUGAGAAUUGCAGUUCAACAAGUACGUGAAUUCGCGAAAAAAAUUGUGAGAGAGAAACAAAGGGAGCUAAACGAGAAAUCAUCGCUCGAUUCAGCUGAUUUACUUUCAAGAUUCUUGAGCACAGGGCACUCUGAUGAAGACUUUGUGACUGAUAUUGUGAUAAGUUUUAUAUUGGCUGGACGUGACACGACUUCUGCUGCAUUAACAUGGUUUUUUUAUCUGAUUUCGAAAAACCCGGAAGUGGAAUCUGAAAUCUUGAAAGAAAUUGGAGAAACAUCAGAGUCUUUAGUAUUGUAUGAUGAAGUGAAGAACAUGAUGUAUACACAUGCUUCACUUUGUGAAAGUAUGAGAUUUUACCCACCAGUUCCAAUGGAUUCUAAAGAAGCGGUUAAAGAUGAUGUAUUACCAGAUGGUACAUUUGUGAAAAAGGGUACAAGGGUAACUUAUCAUCCAUAUGCAAUGGGGAGAUCAAAGGAAAUAUGGGGGGGAAAUUGGGCUGAGUUUAAGCCAGAGAGAUGGUUGAAUAAAGAUGAAGUGACAGGGAAUUGGAUGUUUGUAGGCAAAGAUGUGUAUAGUUAUCCUGUUUUCCAAGCAGGGCCAAGGAUUUGUUUAGGGAAAGAAAUGGCGUUCUUGCAAAUGAAGAGGGUGGUGGCUGGUGUUUUGCAACGGUUUAAGGUGGUUCCGGUGGCGGAGCAAGGGGUGGAGCCGGUGUUUAUUGCUUAUCUCACGGCCAAAAUGAAAGGAGGUUUCCCAGUUACCAUUGAAGAAAGGAUAUAGUAAUAUUUCCAUGCCCAAAAUAUGAACGUGUGAAAACAAACGGUUCUGUAUUUUGUUAUGUUUUGCUUUCUAAGUCUUUUGGUUUUUCAACUUUGCUAGUAUGACGUGGUGGCAAAAAGUUGCCUUCCUGGGUUGAUUGUGAUUGCACUUAAGAGAGAUUAGAGGUAAGGCUAAGUGUGUUAGGUUUUCCUAGGCCAUAUGGCCCCUUGUUAGUUUACAAGGUUGAUGGAUAAUAUGUGGAAAGGACAACAAGUGAUCUUGGUGGGAAACUUCAAGUUCAUUACAAGUUACUAGUGUCUAUUCGUGGAAGUUUAGGGUGAGGAGUGUUCCAAAGUGGUUACAUUCUCGACCUGUGGAUCCAAAUAAGAUGGCAAACCGAAAAAGAUUCAUCUUUUAUGGUCUGGGUUGAUUUUUGUGACAGGAUGUGUAGUAGCAUUGGCUUCCUUUGUUGGGUCAUAUUUGGUGGUAAUAACACUGAGGUAACAAAGAGAGAUAUCAGGUAUGAAAAGGCGGUCAAUGUGGUUGUUGUAGAGGAUGGUUCAGGCCAUGUUAGAAACUAAAUCAUUUAUUUAUCUCCUUGUAUGUGUUUUGUUGUAUAAUUAACUUUCUGGACCAUGCCUUUUAGCCUCCUUUAGCUAAGGAUGUCUUUCAAAACAAUCUCUAUGUCUCACAAAAAUAAGGAUAACGUCUGUGUACAUCCUAUCCUCCCCAAAUUCCACUUGGGGAUUUUACAGUGGGUAUAUU